AUGACGAACCCGCGUCCAAACGCCGCCGCCGAAACGCGCCGCCCGUCGUCCGUCCGCGUCCGCGCCGUGGACGAGCGCGUCGUCUCGAGCGCGGACCUGACCGGGAAGACCGCGCUCGUGACGGGCGCGACGUCGGGGCUGGGACGCGCGACCGCGACGGCGCUCGCGCGACGCGGCGCGCGCGUCGUCCUCGGCUGCCGCGACGUCGCCGCGGCGGAGAAAGUCGCGACCGCGAUACGCGCGGAGACGGGCGUCGCGAGCGAUGACUUGGUCGUCGUCGGGCCGCGGUUAGACCUCGCGAGCGACGACAGCGUGCGAUCGUUCGCGCGCGAGUUCACGAGCGAGCACCCGAGGCUCCACCUGCUCGUGAACAACGCGGGGACGAACUUCCUCAAACGCGCGUUCACGAAGAGCGGCGUAGGCGUGAUCGCGCAGAUCAACUUCUUGGGCCCCGCGGCGCUGACGCGAGCGCUCGAGGCGCCGAUCCUCGCCGCGGCCGCGGAGGGCCGCGAGAAAGGCGGGGCCGGCGCCGGCGCCAACGUCGUCCACGUCUCCUCGGUGACGCACCGUUACGCGUCCGUCGCGUCCGUCCCGAAGUUCUUGAGGGACUGGGACGUCGGCUCGUACGCCGCGACGAAGCUCGCGAACGUGAUGUUCGCGUACGAGAUCGCGCGCCGGUGGGGGAAGCGCGGCGUCGCGUCCUCCGCGGUGGACCCCGGCGCGGUGUAUUCGAGCCUGUGGAACAACGACGCGUUCUUCAGCGCGCGGCCGAUGAAGGCGAUCUUGAGCUUCGCGUACGCGCCGCCGGAGGACGGCGCGGUGGCGGUGGUUAUGGCGUCGCUCGCGCCGUUCGCGCGGACCGGCGCGGCGGGCGGCGGCAGCGGCGAGAAGGAGGCGAACGGAGACCGAGACCGAGACCGACGCCGAAAUGGAAACCGAAACCGAAAGACGGACGCCGCCGCACACGACGCCGCCGCCGACGCCGACGACGACGACGACGCUCGGACGCGGUUCUACGCGCGAGGUUUGUUCGCGUCGUCGUUCAUCUCCGCGCUCGCCCCCGGCGGAUCCCCGGCCGAGGACGGCCCCGGAGUCGCCGGCGCGCUCGCGAGGGCGGCGUGGUCGGUAAAGUUUGGCCUGUGGGGCGCGGGCGCGUUGGCGUGCAGUCUGUUGGAUUACCCGCUUCGGCGACUCAGCGGCGGGAGGGUCGCGAGCGCGACGCGGGAGGUGCCGUCGAGCGCGAUGUCGUACGACGCCGCGAUAGCGAGCGAGCUGUGGGACGAGGCGGGGAAGGUCGCGGGGGUGCGAGGGGGGUAG